AUGCAGAUGCUCACUCCUCCCCCCGACGAAGACGGCUUCGGCGCUCCUCCCAUGAACCCCGACGAUGAAUGCGCAUACGAUUGGACCGCGGCGCUACCUCAGACCGACCAUAUCGCCUUCUUCCGCACCACGGACUGGUCGCGCAGCCGCCUGGGGCCACUGAGCACGUGGAGCCCGACGCUGCGCAUGUUCGCAAGUUAUGUACUGGCCGAUUCGCGCGGAGCCUGCCUCUGGUGGGGAGAGGACAUCUCCAAUCUCACUGCUAUAUACAACGAGGCGUAUGCUCCCUUGGCCGGUGGCGCUCACCCCAACCUCAUGGGCUCCCUCUUCCAGGAUGGCUGGCCCGAUCUCUGGCCGUCCAUCAGCCAGUACUUCAUACAGGCCAAGCGGACAGGCACUGGAGUCAACUAUAGCUCUGCCAUGCCCACGGUUGUCGAGCGCAGAGGCUACCAAGAGGAGGCCUUCUUCUCUGGCGGCUUUGUUCCAGUCGGCAUGCCAGGCGCUAUCGAGGGCUUCAUGAAUACAACCUACGAGGUAACAAGCCAGAAGCUCGCAGACCGCCGUACCACCUGCCUGAAUACUCUCGCCUCCGUGCCCUCACAAUGUGUCGACGCAGUCUGCUCUCACAUUCUCACCACGCUCGAAACCAACGCCAACGAUGUGCCCAUGUCCAUGCUCUACCGAAUGGACACAACCCCAGGCUCGAACGAGUUGAUACUCCAUGGCCAAUUUGGUUUCCCCGAGGGGCACGACCUUCUCAUCCAGACAGCCACUAUCGACAGUGAGCAAGGACUAAUACCAGAUCUGCGACGAGCUGGCAUAGACACUAUGGUCAUCGAGCAUGAUGAACGAUUUCUUGCUACCUCGUGGAGAGGUUGGAGCGCGCCUUCCAAGAAGAUUGUCGUAAUGCCCAUCAUGAGUGGAACACGCCUUUUCGGCUACCUUGUCUUCGGCACCAAUCCAUUUCGCCCCCACGACGAUAUAUGCACGCAAUUUAUCAGGGACCUAGGUCGCAUGGUGUCAAGUAUCAUAUCUUCUGCCGUUGACAAUGAAUCCACCAAGAAGCGUCAAGAGCAGCUCGAGACUGAUCUGGCUUUCAGUGAUCUCAAGCUACGCCAUCUGAUCGAUCACGCGUCUGUUGGCAUGUGCCAUGUAUCUCUUGAUGGUGAUAUGCUAUGGGCCAACGAUCACUAUUAUGAGCUAGCUGGGAAAUCUCCUUCGGAACAUGCCAUCGGUCUUGCCUUCCUUGACGCAUAUCACGAGGAUGAUCGGGUAAAAGCUGAUGAUGUUUGGGAGCGUCUGAUUAGAGGCGCCGACCACGUCACAGCCGACUUGCGCAUGAAGCGCAUGUACACGCCUCCUACCGGGGAUCCCGAACCCGCCCAGAUCCAGGUUCUGGCCUUCCCGUACCGCGACGAGCAUGGAAGCGUGAGAAGCGUAAUGGCUUGUACGACUGACAUUAGCAGGCUGGGCUGGGCGCAGACCUUCCAGGCUCGAUUAGCCGCCGAAGCAAGAGAAGCAAAAAGACAGCAGGAAGCCUUCAUUGACGUAGUUUCACACGAGAUGCGGAACCCAUUGAGCGCCAUUGUACAUUGCGCAGAUGCGAUUGCCAACGCAGUUGUCGAGUGCCAGACGCAGCUCGCCGAUAUACCUGUACCGUGUCUCGACACUCUCAAUGACAACAUACAAAGCGCAAACGUCAUCAUGCAAUGUGCAAAUCAUCAGAAGCGUAUUAUCGACGAUGUACUUACUUUGAGUAAGCUCGACUCCAUGCUCCUGUCCAUCACGCCCGUCGCAGUCAAACCCGCAAAGCUCGUGGAAUCCAUCGUCAACAUCUUCCAAGCUGAGAUGAAGACGCACAACAUCUCUUACAGUGUCACACCUGACACAUCGUUCUUGAGUCUAGGCAUUGACCACCUUCAUCUGGAUCCGUCCCGCGUGACACAAGUUUUCAUCAAUCUACUGACGAAUGCCAUCAAGUUCGUCAAACCAUCGAAAGAGCCAGCCCUCUCCAUCCGCUAUGGCGCCAGCACCUCAGAUCCCCGCGAACUCUUUCCGGAAGACAUGUUCUGGGCUACUGAGGGCAAGCAAGACGGGGAUGUUACAAGCAAUCCAGAUUGGGGUACUGGUGAAGAAAUCUAUCUUGCGUUCACCGUCAAGGACUCGGGAAUUGGCUUGCAAGAGAAGGAAAUUCACAAAAUAUUCGAGCGCUUCCGCCAAGCGAACGUGAAGACGCAUGUCAAAUACGGCGGCAGUGGGCUGGGUCUAUUCAUCUCAAAGGAGCUUACUGAGAAGCAAGGCGGCGAAAUAGGCGUCUCAUCCGUUCAGGGCCAAGGUUCGACUUUUGGAUUCUACGUCAAGACGCGAAGAGUAGAAUGGAAGCCCAGGACCCUCAAAGAGAUGUUUCAACAAACCGGCAAUGAGGAAGCGGCAAUGCGCCAACUCCACGUACUGUUGGUGGAAGACAACAUUAUAAACCAGCAAGUGCUCGGCAAACAACUUAAGAAAGCAGGAUGCCACGUCUCCGUCGCAAACCAUGGCCUGGAGGCGCUCGAGAUACUGGAGAGAGAAACGUUUGACAUCGUGUUGAUGGAUCUGGAGAUGCCGGUACUUGACGGGCUUGGCGCGAUGCGCGAGAUACGGAAAAGGGAGGAAGAGCAGGGGGUGCUUUCUUCUGCACGGUUGCCUGUGAUUGCUGUCACGGCGAACGUUCGGAAGGAGCAGAUCGAUACUGCUAUUGCUGCUGGGGCAGAUCGCAUCAUGCAGAAGCCGUUCAAAGCAGCCGACUUGGUGUUGAUGAUGAAAUCAUUGAUGCCACAACUGGCACCUUUAUCCAUCGAUCCGCCGACACCGGGCCUCGGCCUCCGAUCUAAUGCAUUGGUGCCUUGA